UAACGGUUAGCUACAAAUGUAUCGCAACGUAAUGGAAGAAAAGGAUUUCCAUUUAAUUAGUAAUAAUAGAGCCAUCGUGUUUCACAUUUUUAAUCCCGCAAGGGAUUGCGCUAACAGCUUUAUUUUCCAUUCGUAACAAAUAGCUAAUAUUCCUAAAGUAAUUUUUAAGCCGUAGUUUAGUUACUGGUGAAACGAUCAUUCAACUUUUUAGUUAUGAGUUUGAAGGUGGAUGGCGGUUAAUAGAUGACUGACAUCCUCACUCCAUAUUUCACUCCGAAUAUAUUUAAAAAACAGCAGCUGACAGUGGUGAACAUUUUCAUUCGAGCGAUUAUUACUCAAGGACAUUUAUUUAUAAGGACAACAAGUCGAGAAUAUUUUUAACAGACAUUUUUCAAAGGAUAAUUAAGCUCUAAUUCUUUCAGUUAAUCUAAUCCGAAAUAUAAUACGUUUAGAGCACAUCAUAUGGAAGAAAAUUUAGUAAAUUCAAAUAGACCAGAUUUCGGUAGGCCUUCACCUGACAAUUUCUUAUGUUAAGCAAGUGUCUUAUUUUUAUCAAUAGAUAGUUUGUUCUUGCAGAGUAUAGUAUUUUUUUGCAUCGUUGAUUACAAUUUAAAAUAUGAAGGAAAUAAGAUAAAUGAUCAUUCGAACUGUCAGGAAAAAAGCAAAUCGUGUCAAUCAAAAUUACAAUGGUAAUACCUUGUGAGAUAAGAAAUGAGAAAGAAAAAAAUUAUAUGAUAAUGCAACAAGGCCUUUUUUAUGCGCAUGGAGUAUUGAUGAUAUCUAAUCACAAAAGGAUAUUGAGCGAUUUCUAAUUAAUUUCAGCUUUCACUUGAUUUAUUUUGAACACCAUUCCUAUUGCUUUUAUGAAAAGAACCGCUAUGAAAUAGUCUGUGAGAACAGAUAAAGUUCAGAUAUGUUUCCUUUUGAAGAAGUGCCUUUCGAGACUGAAAAAUCAAGAUUUUCAAAGUACGGCACUUUAAUGUGUAACAAACGUCAGAAAGGGAAACAUGAGCGACAGUACUUUCAUUAUAAUUUCUAAAAUUCUCAAUGCCUGUAUUUGCAUAAACAUAUUAUAUUUUAUUUAAGUGUUAUUUUGUCUGAUUCUAUAUAUAUUUCAAAAUGAUUCAUUUUAGAAAUAUCGAGAGAAUAUAAACAACCAUGCUAAGAAGAAAAAUAUCCUCUUGAACCAUUUUCUGUUUUAGAGUGUAGGUACGUCUAAGCGCAUCUUUUUUUGAACGCCGAUUGUUUUCUGUAGUCAAUAAACAUCACAAAUGGUCACCUACUCUAUUAUCAUCGAUCGACGAUGGUGUAGCUCUAAACUGAGGCGUCAAUCUCGCUCAAGCUUAUUCUCAUCCGACUGUUCGAACUCUGCAUGCGCAAAGAACCAGUUCCGUAGUUAUGAUAUAAAACAAUGCCGCGUGCAAUGAAUAUGUGUCUGAUAUUAUAUAUAUAUGAAUAGGUUGGACGAUUGAGCAAGAACUUUUAGUGAGAUUGUUACCUCGAUUCAUAGCUACAUCAUCAUCGAUUAUGUGUAAUAAAGUGGGUGACUAUAUUAGUGAACCUUAUCAGCUACAAAAACAAUCGGUCUUAAAAAAAUGCGUUUAGGCAUACCUACAUUGAUAAUUAUUUUUAAAUUUAAUUUUCGAAAAAAUUCUUUUUCUGAAAAAUAUGUUUCUUAUAAUUAUUUUAGAAAUUGAAUUCAUUUUAUUGAUCACGACAUUAGACAGGUAAUGGCUAGAUUUGCCAUGAACUAAAUUGAUAUUCUGAUCAAAUGCAACGUUCUUUAAUUUCUAAAUUUAAUGACUUGCAUAUGUUUUAUUGUAUCAUUUAAAUGGAAUCAAUCACAGAGUAGAUUCGAGCAUGAAUAAUAAUUUAGUUUUCAUAUACUAUCAAUAUGAAAACAUUAAAAAUGCUAUAGAUAAACAAGAGUGUGCAAGACUUCAUUAGUAUAACUGCUCUGUCUAAGCAACCAUGACUUCAUUAUGCAUGUCUGUUGAUACACUCUUUUUGAUAUCAAUAAAAGAAUGACUUGACGCAUUUCAACCUAAAUGUUUAGCAUAGAAAGAAUCACUCUUGUUGCGAUGUUAGUCGCUGCAUUACAUUUGCCGUUUGCCAAAAUCUGUAUAAAAUUCAUCCUCUAAAGAGAUGGCUCGCAUAUUAUGAAAGUUUUCCUUAUUAUAACAGAGAUAAAAUGCCUUAAAACAUUUGUCAAGUCAUGAAGUUCAAAUGAAAUUUUGUUAGAAGAUCAAUGAUUUUUUUAUCCACUAGCUAUUUAUUGAUCUGUUUCAUUCUAUCUUGAAUAUUUCUACUUUUGUAUCAAUCGAUAUAUAUCGUGUGAUUGUAUUCCGUGCAUCGAUCUUUUAUUUUGCCGUCCUCUUCGUCAUCAUAUUAUCAUGUUUUUAUAAUUCUAUGAGAUUAGCAAUUUUGGUAUAGGAAAAAGAUGAUAAAACAGCCAUUCGUGCAUCAGCAAUAUUUGUUUGUUCAUAUUUUUUAGGAUUAUGAACAUUCUAUCUAUUUAUAAUUUAUUUGUUCAAUUUAUACUUUAAAUUUUUUUGUGAACGUCUUAAUCGUGGACAACAAUGUGCAAUUUGUUUUAAAAACGUUGAUGGAAUUAAUAAGCGAAAAUAUGUUUAAAACUAAUGAUAUUAGUAGUAAAUCUCAUAUACAAUGAACAACAAGUUUUAAAAACUAACACAAAAUGCACUACUUGAUGAUUAUCUAUUCAAUUAUGGCAAAUUUAUAGAAUGUGUUAACUGGGUGAUAAUAGACAAUGUCAAAUACAUGAUUGGGGAUUUUUUUUUGUUUGUUUUCUAUUGAUUAGGUAGAGACAAAAUAUCAUUAUUUGUAGAAAUUAAAUACAUUAAUAAUAUUGAAAAAGAAUUGAAAUUUGUUGUUGAUUGUUAUGAUACGGUAGCAUUUAAACAAAAUCUGUUGAGUUGUGAAGUUAGUCCAUCAUAUGUUUAUAUGAUAUUAGGUAAGAGUGAGUUGUUAACACAUAAAGCAAAAGGUUGUUAUCGUUUAAAUUAUUCAUGUUUCAUUCGUUUACCUUAUCGUUUAGCACUUGCUGAAUAA